AUGGCUCCCAGUCAAUCUUCUUUUAUUGAAGAAGAUGCUUUAAGAAGAAGCUCUAAUUUCAUACCAGUACCUUCAGUUUAUGAUCACGAUAUAAGAUUCGAAAAUCGAAAUGCAGAGGAACUACACCAUGGAAUUCUCGAAGCUGCGCGACUUGAGCAUGAAAGGGUUCGAAAUGAAGCCAUGCGGAUCUUUCAGAUUACUCUCAUGCAAGAACAACAACUUCAAGCCCAUCAUAAGAUCUUAGUGGAAGAAGAACGUCUGCGAAUUGAGGAAAUCCGGUUGAAAAUCGAGGAAAAGCGCGUCAAGACGGAGAGGCAGACCGCAGGGGUAGAACUUAAAAGAAGGGAAUUAGAAGAAGCGGCGAGAAGAAUACCUAUCGUUCCACCAAAACCUCCUACCCCUCCACCAGUAGCUGCACCAAUUCCAACUCCUGCUCAAACGGCUUCAGAUCCACCUCGGACUCAGUUACCACCUGCUCAGCAACAGCAACAACACCAGCAAGAGGCAUCUGGGGGGUUAUUCGGCGCGCCGAAGCAACAAACGAAUGCAUUUGUACAAAAUAACCCUCCUCAGCAACCCAAGGGCCUUUCUCAACCUCAGCCUCAACCCCCACGGCAAACAAAUGGCUUUUCGAAUGCCCAACAACCCCCGAAGCAAUCACUUUUUCAACCUCCUCCUCCACCGCCACAACAACCUUCAGGUACCUGGCAAUCUUCGUCCUCUUCCAAUGAUCAUAUAAUACCAGGUGUCGAACGUUAUGCCCAAAUUCAUAAGAACCUCAAAGAAUUACGACAGUACUUGGUAGCGGAAGGAAAACGAAAUAUAGAAUUCAAGAAGAUGUUAGGAGAUAUGCGAAGAUCACUUCGACAAACGGUUGGACAAUUGACUUCAGAAAAAGGUGCAAACAAGCAGUGUAUCAACAAAAUCCAUGAAUUGCUCGCACAAUCCCUCCACAAACUUCAAUCUCCAGGAAUUGAUCCGAGUAAUUAUAUGAUAUCGAAACCAAAUCCGGUAGAAGGGGCCCAGAAUAAUGGAGAUCAACUUCCCUCUCUUUUUAUUUACCUCCUCAACUUUUUCGCGAAAGCCAUCGUGUCUCAAUUCAUAAAUGAAGCAAGUGUUCGACCAGAAACCGCCGAUCCAAUUGGUGUCGUUGCCGUUUCAAUAUUUGCCCGAGACGCAUUCUUAUGGAGAGGUUCUUCAUUAAUCGAUAUCCUAAUGGCAAAAAUGCGUGUUUCAAUACCUACAGUCUUCGGUAUCCGUGGAAAUGAAAAGACAGAAGAAGGGAGGGCUCGAAUAGGAUGGCAAAGAACGGAGAGUGGUUGGAUCGAUGAUCAAUCACAUAGCAAUAGGAUGGUUGGAUUGGCAGCAGGAUAUGCUGCAAUUUCAUUACGGGAUUUCUCCAAAACAAGACUUACGAAUCCUUGGCCACCAACAUAUUAUUGGAGGGCGGUCGCAAGUAUUGUGUCCACACCCGCUCAAGAAGCUUCAUCCACACAAUACACGGUUUUACGAUCCUUGAUCGAGGGUUGGGAACAGAGAUUCAUCGAUCUGUAUGGAGUUCAAGCGGUUGCAGCACUGAGAGUUGCAUUGGUCGACUUCCCAACACGCGCUUCUCCGUCGGCUAAAGUAGCCGCUGAUUCGUUGAGUAUUCUGGCGGAUAAAUUGUUGAGGGAUAAAGGGUUGAAGUUGGACUUUUGA